AUGACAACGGAAUUGAAGGAUCUUGAAAAUCCAGCAUUUAUAUCGGAUCCACCAUCAACUUUAAUAAAUAUUAGAGAUGAAAUAAUGCUAACAACGAAAUUACAAGAAACACGUGACAAAGAUGACGACGAUGAUGAUGAUGAUGAUGAUAAAAAUAAUUCAGGUUUUGAAAAAUUAUCUGAUGAAGGUCAUGGUAUUGGUUUAUUUCUAUUACAAAUUCGUAAAAAAUUAAUUCAAAUAAUCAAAAAACAAAAAACUUUAACUAUUAAUGGAUUGAAAUUUAUGUUUAUAAUUGGUUUUUUAAUCUAUUUCGGAUUUGCCAUGAGUGAAGACUAUGGUACACCUGCUUUUCCUAUCCGUGGAAAUAUUUUUCAUAACAAUUCUGGUAUAAUUGUAUAUAAAGAAUUCAAUUUUAUUAAUCAAAUUCAUUUAGGUUUUGCUUUAUUCUUUUUUGUGAUUUUUGCAAUAUUUGUUUUUACAUGGGAAAAGUUUCUUAGACGUUCUAUUGAACGUUUAUAUCAAUAUAUUUCAACAUCAGCCGAAGGAAAUAAAACAUGGAAUACAACUAAUAAUUUUAUGCAUAGAUUUUCUUGGUAA